GGCCUGCGGCUCAUCCAGAAAAUGUCAACAACAUGCCGGAGUCCUGGGAAACAGAAACCGAGGAGAGAGGGAGGGACAUCCAACAAAGAGACCCAGAAAACCAGAAGUCUCGUAACGUCGUGUCAUUUAUCUCCCAGUUAGCAGACGAUCACCUGACUCUUGUGCGGAACAUCAGCACUGGACUGGCUGUUACUGGUGUGAUUGUCCUGGCAAAAAGCAUCAGAGUGAUCACAAAAUUUCAAGCUGCAUCUGAGAUCCCUUCCCGUUUCAUUGAGAGGAACGUCAGCCUUCGAGGGAAAGUUCAUUCCGUCACUGAAAGAGGAAUUGAAGUCGAGCACAUCCCAAUUUAUCUGCCAGUCAUCUCUCCAUUACUGUCAAAGCAGCAGGAUGUGUCGACAUCUCGGCUGUGGGUGCAUCUGGCUGGAGUCGAGCUAACACCGGAAGGAAAGAUCUGGCUGCAGAAGAACCUGGUUCCUCCUCAAACUGUUUGGCUAAAGCUUAUCAGCCGACAGGACAGCACUCUGCACUGUUUGGUGUCCCAGAGCAGGGGGUCAAUAUGGAGUUACUGCAUGAACGAAGAGCUCCUCCGGCUUGGCCUGGCUCGCAGGACAACCAUCACAGGGGUCCCCCUAGGCUCGCCUCUCUACUGGCGCCUGCACAAACGGCUACACAGGGCAGAGGUGAAAGCUGAGAAGAAGGGUCUGGGUCUGUGGAAAAAGGAGAGCCUGUGGGAGAGGGCUUCCAUAGCACUCAAAGGCAAUCCUUUACUCAGAUUGAUGCGGAGGAUCUUUAGAAGGACUCGUACUGAGUGACUCAUUAAUCCAAGUCAAACACUGUGUUGCUGGGUGUUUCAAAAGCCACCAUUGUUUAAGGAACCAAAUUAAUUUUAUUGAUAGUUUGUCCACAGCUCAGGUAAGCCUUAAAAGCUUGAAAGACGUGAAACGCACAAGAGAGUCAAAAUUUCUUCCUCUUUCCUUUAUAUAACAAGAAGCCCAACAAAUGAAAUCGCACAUGUUCAAAAUGCUUAUGGAAUCGGAUUAUUCUUUCAGUGAUUGAAAUAAAAAUGCUGUUUAAGGUGCCUGCUUGAAUCAGCACACUAAUCUUUGGGAAUUCAAGUGAUUGGGUAUUGUGUUGACUGGGACUUCCCACGAAAACACAAGGGGCAUAGAUGUGUGUGUGAAAGGGGUGCAGGGGUCAACUUGUCCACAGUUUCUAUGGAGGCUCUAAAUGUAAAAACACAAAGGGUGCUAAAGGCUCAGUUCUAUAUUGGUUCCCCUCAGUCCCCUAUGCGAGCCUUAUAUGUAACAUGUUAGGAGAUUAUUUUAAAUCCUGUUCAUUAUUUUUGGUUUGGCUAAAACGUUGUAUUGUUUUAGCUUUAAAGUGGAAAAAACCAAACAACCAUGAUUUGUAUUUGUACCACUUAAACAUCAAUUAAAAGAAAAGCCCAACGGGGUUAAAAAAAGCAACAAAAAACUGAUCUUUAGCUACUUAUUUCCUUCCAGCCAGGGACAGCACCUGUUUAUCAUCUGUUUGUAGUAAAGCUUAUGUUAUUGUGUAACAUGCAAACAAUCUGCUAGAAUUAUGCACUAUUAGCUUCUUUGUCCAAUCAGUGUAAAAUCAGGAGAGGAGGAGGUCAGCAAAUGAGGGAAAACCAGUGUGCCCAGUGGGGUGCAGGGGUCUUGGUGUAGUGAGAGUUAGCGUCGAAGCAGUGCAUCAAAAAGGACACAAGGGGAUUAAUGCAGAAGGGAGGAGGGUCAGUCGUGGGGGGGAUUUCGAAUCUGAACACAAAGGCAAGAGAGGAGGAGUCACUGGGGAAGGGAACAGGACUUAAGUAGAGGGUUUGAGGAGAGGGGAA